CUGAUCCCACAUUGCAGACAUGAGAAUUUCUGUCAGAGCGUCGGCUUCGGAUACUUCUGCCAAUGUGAAUACGGUAAGACUCCGAGGAGGCAUGGUUCGCUGAAUGACGGCCAGGCGGUUGCUCCUUCAGAAGAGAGCGUCGCGAGCGUGACUCCCAGUGAUCCUGCUAGCGAAAGUGUAGCUUCCGACAGGAGUGCAAUCCCGCAAGCUCAGAGAAUGGAACCUGUUUCUAACAACACUUCCGUUAUUUCCUUGUGCUCCAGUGGCUCCAGUGAGAUGGUCCGAAGGCGCAAAGAUCGCAUGGACAGCGAUCAUGAUACUCUUGACGAGGAACCGGCUCUUCAUGAUCCAGUUGUUGGACCUAAUGGCGAUGUUGAGCCAUUCGAUAACGAAACGUCUCAGAGAAAUGGGUCCUCUCUCCCAUCUACAAGUAGUGAACCUACCGAUUCUGCUCAAUUUAUUGGGCCAUCCAUCCCUGUUUCGAAUGUUGAACCUUCUCCCACUAUUGGACCUUCCCUUCCUACGAAAAUUAUUGGGCCGUCUAUCCCCACCUCGGGUAACGAAACUUCUCACCAUUCUCUGACUGAUGCACUGCCCAUGUCAGAGACUCAAUCUUCCUUCUCCGUUUCGGCUAGCGAACCGUUUCCUUCGCCGAUUGGACCGUCUCUCCCAACCACAGACUCUGGUCCUAUGCUCCCACCUACCGCUGUCGAGACGUCUCACCCACACCAGCCUAUCGGGCCACUCCUUCCCCCUACCAUUGGGCCAUCUCUCCCGCCCUCUAUCGGGCCGUCGCUUCCCCCUACCAUUGGGCCUUCUAUAGGGCCCUCCCUUCCUCCAACCUAUGAUCCUUCUCUUCCACAUUCUAUCGGGCCCUGCCUCCCACCUAAUAUUGGACCAUCUUUUCCUCCUCAGAACGUUGGACCCGUUCCCCCUCGUCGAGAAAUUGGACCUGCUCUUCCACCGGGAUUUGCCAUUGGCGACAGCGGUAAUGAGAACGAUAUUGAAGAAGAGGAAGAGGAGUGCUUUGGCCCUAUGCCACCAAAAGAAGAUGAAACCAUGGAGACCGAUGAACCCGUUGGCCCGAUGCCCAUUUCGAACGAAGCGGCUGAAGCUGCCGCUGAAGAAUAUGCACUUUUGAGAAUGCGGAUGGAGAAAAAAGAGGAUUCGGUACUUUAG